ACUGUGGUCCAGAGCAACGUAAUGGACGUGUAUAUUAAUGAAAUAGCCACGUGGACGUACAAACCUUAUAUAUAGCUAGAGUUAAGGAUGUUGCUGAUAUAAAACUUCAUGGAGUUGUUGAAGUAUUGUGAUAAGAUUGAACUGGUGGUUUUACACAGUUAUCACAGACAAUCGAAUGAUCCAAAACUGUUGAGACAUGUAAACAUUUCUCUGUAUAUAUGGUGUGGUGUGAAAAGGAUUGAACUGGGAUAAACAUAGAGAGUGUUAAAAUACGUGGGAUUAAAACUAUUCAAUUCAACUGAAUUUGGAUAAACUGCAUUAUUGGAAAAGUCUUAAUUUACGUCAAUCGAAAGAGUUUGAUGAAAAAUAGUGCUAAAUUAUUCAAAACGUGAAGGAUUGUUAGUGCGUUACAGUUAACAUUUGUGUGGCUCGCCGCUACCAUACAGACCAGGAAUAUAUAUAUAUAAGUUUGUGUUGCUUUGGUGAUUACGAAAACUGAAAAGUACACAACGUUGAAUUCUUUGUCAUAAAUUACACAUUAGAUCAGAUAUAUGAAACACACGUUUAGUUUACGUCUUAGCGGAUUGGAAAAAUUGAAAUAGUUGAAAAACACAGAAAGAUCUGGGAAGGAUGGCGACGUCACAAAUUAUUCAAGCACGUGGGAGGGGCUAUUUGAUAGAGUGUUAUUUUCUGAAUGCUCAUAAGCAGGCGCAUCAUUUAGAGAAUUAACACCUUCCAAUCGACACCAAACGGCCAGGAAUAGUCUGAACAGCACUUUAAUUGAUUAGCCAUAAUCUGACAUAGUAACAAGUCGAUACUACUUAACAUGGUUUAGUCAUCGAAAUAGAGUAUUCUGUAAAACGGAGGACACUUUUUGAAGACUUUCAUGUAAUCUUUUAUAGCUUAAAAGCAGUUGUCCUAAAGCAUGUGUUUUAUUAGUGUGUACAUGUAAAUAUCGGUGAACACAGUGUACGACAGUGCGUGUCCUUCUCGUGCCAUUUAAGUGGUUACCUCCGUCAGUAGCUGUAUCUAAAUUUAUCCAAGGCGUGGAUACCUUCACGUCCGAUAAUCUGACAACAAUGUCCGGCGGCAGGACAAACGUCACCCCCAGGGGAGAAUACCCAGCCCUAAACGAAACCGGAAUUACAUUGGAUGAGGAAUGUGCGUGGACGGUACCAAUACAGAAGGCGAUACUUGGGGUAGAAUUGGCUCUCUUGGUGCUAUUUCAACGGAGCUGUCAUCCUGUUGAUCCUAAGGAAAGGAAAAAGAAAUAAAAUGUCUUUCUUCGUCCUCCAUUUGGCUAUAUCAGAUUUUUCAAUGGCGAUUUUCUACGUCCUACCGUUUUUCAUUUCACGCCUGGUCGGACAGUGGUAUGCUGGCUACAUCCCCUGUAAGAUAUACAUGUAUCUUAACCAGCUGGCGAUGUACUCGUCGACGUACAUGUUAGUGGUUAUGAGCGCUGACCGGGUGUACGCCAUCGCCAAGCCUCUGUCCGCCACCAGGCGAGGACUAAAAUAUCGACGAUUGCUUGUACUCAUUGCCUGGGUUAUUGCGGCUUGUGUUGCAGUAAAGGACUUGAUUUAUUCCGACUUGUUGUCGUAUAAUAAUCGUAACCACUGUGAAACAGAAUACCCCAGGUAUUUGGUUAGACCAUUCGUCACACUGGAGGCUGUGAUCAACGUAUUCCUGCCCGCCAUCAUAGUGACAGUCUGUUACGGCUGGAUAGUAACGGUUGUUUCACGAAGAAGCAAUUACUCUAUUAACACCAAGCAGCAAAAGGAAGCACUCGCCAUGUUUUCGAAAGAUUUUAUUCCAGAUAAUGGUCAGAUACCAGCUAAGCGCGUUGAUGUAAUAACCAGGGCUAAGAUACGAAGUACAAAAGUGAUGUUUGCCGUAGUAUCAGUCUUUCUGAUCUCCUGGAGUCCCCACACCAUCAACUUCCUGUUGACGGUGUAUGAUGUGGUGCCAUUCACUUGUUAUACGUUUGCCUUGUUCCCGCUGGCGCCGUUAAACAGCGUGGCCAAUCCGCUGGUGUUCCUCGCCUUCAACUACAAAACUCUAAUUGAACAUAAACGAGUUGGAAGUGACAUGAACAGGACAAGUAUGAAAACGACUUACACUACUAUAUCCCGUAACAACACGGAAUGGCCGCGUGACGUUCCCAUUCCUGUCGGUCCCCUAACCCGUGACGCAUGAAUUAACAAUGUACGUGUAAUGUAGUACCUGUCAACUAACUCUUAAGACGCUACAGUGUUGUGAGGUUGUAGGCCACAGCUUUUGAAAAAAAAUCCACUAUUUGAUGUGAAACGUUGGAACAUUUCACCAUCACUGAAUAUUGUUUUGCCAAAUGCAUAUCGUAUUACAAUAUAGUACGUUUAAACAGUUCGUUGGCAAUCAUAGCAAAUGUAUUAUUGCUUAAGUCACAUAAUGAUUUAUCACACCAUUCGAAUGUUGCCCAGUGAUUUCACCCGUGCAGUAUUUUUGAAUAUGACAAUAUAGUAUCAAAUGCAUGUACCAUAUAGCUUUUUCAUUGGCUGAGCUAGUCAGAAAUCAGUUAUGACGCUGUAAUGUGAUCAAUGAUAUGGCAUCAUGAAUUGUUAAUGACGUCACAAAGUGGUUGUCUCUGAUUGCUGAAGUCCUCCACGUGAUACAAAUAUCUUAAAUUUGUUUUCAUUUCUAUAUGAGAGUUUAUGAAACUCGUCACUUUCUUUAUUUCUUUGUACUUAUUUUAUUUUUGCUUGUCAAAACUUAUUUCAUAAAAUUUGAAAUGAAAUCUUAUUUCAGAUCCUAUUUAUUUAUGAAUAUUAGAAAUGAGUCGUUGAUGAAAGAACAAUGGAAUGCAACUACUAUAAUUACUAAUAAAUUAAAAUAUGAAUUUAUUGAUG